GUUGAGCCCGUCAGCCCCACACAUCCGAGCGAUGCUGCUUCGAGGUAUAGGCGAGUAGCCUGCUAUGGACGAUCCUACGCAGACAUCUCGUGAACCAAGGCUCUCGGUCCAGACAGAGUCGAUCGAUAACCUCAACGGUCAUCCUACGCAGAAUCCAAACCAUGGCAUCCUACCACCUCACACCUGGCAAUCGCCUCUCCCCGACAACCAGCCUCUACAGUCAUCUCGACUCACCAAGAGUGAAAACGGCGACUAUAUAUCAUCAGUAGAGACCCUCAACAAUACAACCACAGCCAAAGAGAAAGAUCUCGAGGCAGGGAAUCGCAAUCCCGGGGACGGGAACUCCAAGCCGCACCCCAAGAUUGUUACCUGGGAGGGGUCCGAUGACCCCGAGAACCCCAAGAACUGGAAGUUGAGCAAGAAAUGGAUGGCCGCAGUUACGGUAUCUUACUUCACCUUCAUAUCACCCGUAUCAUCGUCGAUGAUUGCUCCGGCUCUCAGCACCAUUGCGAAAGACUUCCAUGUGGAUAAUGAGAUCGAGUCCCAGCUCAUGAUGUCGGUGUUUAUCCUUGCUUACGCCAUCGGGCCACUGUUCGUGGGCCCGCUUUCGGAGAUUUAUGGCAGGGUACCGACGCUUCAAUUGGCGAAUUUGGUGUAUCUUGUCUUCAACAUCGCGUGUGGAGUGUGUCAUUCCAAGGGGCAGAUGAUUGCGUUUAGAUUCCUGUCAGGAUUGGGAGGAAGUGCACCUUUGGCGAUAGGUGGAGGGGUCAUAGGUGACUGUUUCAAGCCGGAAGAACGUGGAAAGGCGAUCGCCAUCUACAGCCUUGCUCCGCUACUCGGACCCACCGUUGCCCCUAUCGCAGGAGGCUUCAUAACAGAGAACAUAUCAUGGAGGUGGAUCUUCUAUGUCACAUCGAUUGCAGAUGCCAUCAUUCAAUUAUUCGGCUUGGUGUCUCUGCGCGAGACUUACGCUCCUGUGCUCCUAGAGCGAAAGGCUCGGAAGCUUCAUAAGGAUAAUGGUGACCCCGAAUACCAAACCGAGGCCAAAAGAUCCAACAACCAGACCACCUUCCAAUUCCUCUGUGUCUCUCUUGUCCGCCCCUUCAAGCUCCUCACCACACAACCCAUCAUCCAAUUCCUCGCUCUCUACAUGGCCUUCAUCUACGGCCUGAUGUAUCUCGUGAUAUCCACCUUCCCCGAUCUGUGGACUAGUGCCUCCUACUACGAUGAAAGCCUCGGGAUCGGCUGUCUGAACUACAUCGCCCUGGGAGUGGGAUUCUGGACUGGAUCGCAAUUCAGCGCGAUAUUCAACGACCGGAUGUACCGCCGACUGAAGAAGCAGAACCACGACGCAGGGAAGCCCGAGUUCCGACUCCCUCUUCUCAUGCUCGCAGCCCUGAUCACACCCAUCGGGCUGUUUAUCUAUGGCUGGACUGCACAGACGCGGACCUUCUGGAUUGGCCCCGACAUCGGGGCAUGUCUGUUUUCGAUGGGUAUAAUCGUGGUGUUUCAAUGCACGCAGACUUAUAUCGUUGAUGCUUAUACAAAAUACGCAGCCAGCGCGUUGGCUGCUGUUGCUUGUUUGCGAUCGCUUGCGGGCUUUGGGUUCCCUCUUUUCGCUCCGGAUAUGUACGAUGCUCUGCACUAUGGCUGGGGGAAUAGCCUGUUGGCUUUCGUGUCGAUUGGGAUUGGGAUCCCGGCUCCGUUCUUUCUGUGGAAGCAUGGGGAGAGUCUUCGGAAGAAGAGCACUUAUGCUGCUGGCUAGUUGGUUAAAUUCUGUGGCGGGGAUAUUAGAAGUAUCCAUAUUGUAUUGACCUACAUGAAUAGAUAGAUAGCGAGAGAGACUGUAAUUUAACUUCAAU